CUUUCCUGUUACUUUGAACAGUUGCUUGGCCACCAUGGGGGAGGAUGCCAAAAUCUCACAGUACACCCUGUGGUGGUCAAAACAACUGCUCAAGCUUUAGAAAAACAACAAUCCACCUUUGAAUAUCACAGAAAAAGCCUUUAUGUGCUUUGGAACGAAGUGAAACUUUGGUGAUAGUUUUCAGCGGGGAGAAACACAGCCCUGUGGAAUCGAUGCAGCACGGAGGGUCAUUUUAAUAUGAAGAUAGAACAAGCCCUGAUGAAGAUUGGGGGUGUGUGUUUCUCCAGAGUGGAUUGUGCCAGCAUUAAAACAAAGAGGAAAAAUAAAUUGAGAACACAUUAGAAUUCCAGAUAAAGGCUGAUUACAGAUGAAUAUGUAAAAGUGAAUAUUAAGAAGAUUAAGCAGAACUGAGGACCAGUGUGAUAUUCCGAAGGGGAAUCCCUAUCAUGAACACCAUCCCAAUCAGUCAUACCCAAAGGCAAUCCCUAUUUCGAAGUGUCAACCCGACUGGAGCGGGAACUCAGAGUCUUUGGCCACGGGUAACAAUAAAUAUUAAAACCUUUAUUAUUAAUGUUUGAUAGAAACAUGAAAAAUUUAUCCUUGUGUACAAAUUAUGCUUCUUUUUACAGUGACAAUGCAAAGAGGUUUUGCAAUGCAAUGGUCCAAGUGCCCUCAAUUUUUUUUUCACCAUCAUCAUUAUUUUAAAAAGAGGGACAAAGAGAUAAUUAUGUUUUCACAGAUUUCCUUCUGCCACAGUUACCCACAGACUAUGAGAAUGAAUAGCAGGAAAGCUGCUGGCAGCUAAAUGGAUUAUUUUACAUCAAGGUCACUAGAACAGCCUGUUACACUUUCUUUAAUUUUUAAUUUUCACUCCCCCCUUAUUUUGUCUCUCUUUUGUUUUGGUAUUUACCACAGUUUUCCUUUCUUUUUCUUUUUCAAUCAGACCUUUUCAAUCAGUUUGACUGCUUACAAAAAUAUUGUUAGAAAUUAUCUAAACAAGAGUUGUUCUGAAAUGUUUUAAAAUGUUGUACAAGCUUCCAGGAUGUAUACAGUGUAUUUUGGAGGGGCUAGAGAAGAGGAACACUUCAACAAAUGGCAUUUUAAAAAUUGUCUUGUAUUUCCUACGUUUCUUCCAAGGCACAUGGUUCCCACUCAUUUUGUCAUCACAACAACCUUGUAAGGUAGAUCAUGGCAGCAUUAAUAACCUUCCUGGCCCUGCCAGCUGCCCCCUCCCUGCUAAGUUUUUCUCAGCCAAGAGGGGCAAGGGUCCAGAUCCCCAAUUUUCAAAACAGACCCUCUCCCAAUAGCAAUAAAAUGCUCAGGUUGGGAGCUGGUAACUAGCACAGUAGAGCAAAUUCCAUGAAUGCUAAGUAUAGCCAUAAUAAUGUGAAUCUAUCUUGUCGUGUUAACAUUUUAGGGCAGCUUUGAUAUGACUUGCGUAGUUCUGAAUACUAGGAAAAUGCUACCCACCAACCAUUGCCAUACAUUGCCUGGCAUAGAAUUGCCGAAAUCCCACAAGCACUUUUUUUUGCUCCAUGGCAGUAAAAAUGCACGUAAUAAAAUAAAUAGCUAACUUCUCUCCCCCCCCCCCCAAUGCUUUUAUGAGCUGCCUGGGGUGGUUGCCUCACUCUAAACACAUGCAGAGGGUUCUCCUUGCACUCAAGCAAAUAUUCUUUCAUUCCUCUUAAAGGUAAAGGUAAAGGGACCCCUGACUGUUAGGUCCAGUCGCGGACGACUCUGGGAUUGCGGCGCUCAUCUCACUUUACUGGCCAAGGGAGCCGGCGUUUGUCUGCAGACAGCUUCCGGGUCAUGUGGCCAGCAUGACAAAGCCCCUUCUGGUAAACCAGAGCAGCGCACGGAAACGCUGUUUACCUUCCCGCCAGAGCAGUACCUAUUUAUCUCCUUGCAAACUUUGACGUGCUUUGCUAGGUUUGCAGGAGCUGGGACCGAGCAACAGGAGCUCACCCUGUCGCAGGGAUUCGAACUGCCAAUCUUUUGAUUGGCAAGCCCUAGGCUCUUGUUGUUGUUGUUUAGUCGUUUAGUUGUGUCCGACUCUUCGUGACCACAUGGACCAGAGCACGCCAGGCACUCCUGUCUUCCACUGCCUCCUGCAGUUUGGUCAAACUCAUGCUGGUAGCAUCGAGAACACUCUCCAACCAUCUCGCCCUCUGCCAUCCCUUUCUCCUUGUGCCCUCAAUCUUUCCCAACAUCAGAGUCUUUUCCAGGGAGUCUUCUCUUCCCAUGAGGUGGCCAAAGUAUUGGAGCCUCAGCUUCAGGAUCUGUCCUUCCAGUGAGCACUCAGGGCUGAUUUCCUUCAGAAUGGAUAGGUUUGAUCUUCUUGCAGUCCAUGGGACUCUCAAGAGUCUCUUCCAGGACUAUAAUUCAAAAGCAUCAAUUCUUUGGCGAUCAGCCUUCUUUAUGGUCCAGCUCUCACUUCCAUACAUGAAGUGUUUGGAAUGUACAUGAAGUGUAAUGAGGCAGGAUUGGGGAAAACAAUAUAUCUGGAUCCCACUAACUUUGGUAGUUAUUUUCAUAUCACCCCUAGGCACUGGAAGCAUGCAAGACUCAAUCUGCUUAUAUAUGGGGGAUAGAUGAAAUGUUAGGCAUGUAAAUUGGGUGUUCCAUGGAAAAGGUGUGGGUUGGACCAGGCAGGGUGGAAGUUACCCUGGAGCCUAACUUAGUUUAACUCGGUCACAUGAUCUGACCAUCGGGCAUAACUUACUCUGGCAAAAAUGGUGAUGUAAUUCAACUCUGAUUAAAAGGCUUAUUUUCCCUCUGCCAGCCUUAGGAUGGUUCAGCUGACAGUACUGAACAGUUUCAAUGGGAAAGUUAAAUAAGUUCUGGCAGUUUCCUAGGCUUAAGGUUUCUUUGCCAGCCGUUAUCAGUUAAAACCACAGUCCCCUUUUACUUCUGGAUGAGAUGUUUCAUUUCAUUUUGCUGUUGUUUCCCCAAGAGAUUCUGGCUACCCAACACCUAAUUUCUUUAAUGUAUUAAUAAUAAUAAUACUAAACGAGUCCCAAUGUCAAACUAAAGUUCAGUUCAGUUUAUUAGUGAACCAAAAUGGGUUGUUUAAACUGCUAUUAAGCAAACUAUAAUAGUUUCCAUUUCUUACAAAAAUCAAUAAAAAUAAUUAAAACAACAAUACUUCCCUGUUGUAGAAGAACAAGCAAUAUAACAUAUUAUCAUGGAGUCCAGUGCAAUAUACUGUAGAAGUCUCUUUAAAGUAUUUGCAGCUGUAAAUGAAUGUUUUUGAAUGAAAUAAGCAACCCAAAGGUAAUUAAAUGUAGUUUAUGUAAGGUGCAAGUAGCAGCUAUUGUUGUGUCUGCAAAGCAUUAGCUCAUGCUAUUGUGAUUGCAAUGUCUUUUUUUCUUUUUCCCAUUCUGGCUGCUUUGGGGAAAAAACACAGGGCACUGGUCUGAAAGAAACAAGGACAAAAUAAUAGUGGGAGAAGCUUAAUCUGUGCAUUUCUGAAUAGUACAAACUGUUAACAAGCAUCAUGGAAAAACUGUGACUGUGCUGUGGUUAUAAGGAAGAUAAGACACCAGCCAAGAAUGUAAAAAGAAGACAUUAAAAACUAAAAGAAACAAAAGAAGAGCACAUGUGGAUUAUAUUCCAAGUUGCAGCCUUUGGCAACCUACGCAAUUUCCCCAAAUACACACAUUUUUGCAAACCAAUUUCCCCAGUAUAAUGCAUUUUGAGUAUGUUAUUUUCACUGAUAUAUAAAUCUGUAUGCUCAAUUUUCACUAGUAUACGCACUUUUUACACAUCACUGGGCUGGAGGACUGCAUUAUAAAAUCCAGAGAAGUGUGUAUUUUGAAGGCGCCUGUGUUUUGGUUCAGGUCUUGUUUCAGAAAAUGCAAAGUAGGAAGGUUUGCCUUUAAAUGUGAACUGAAUCCUGCUUGUAGGCCAGGGAAGAGGCUGGUGGGUGCAAUCCUGAUCUCUCCUAUACUUAUUGAGUCUGCAUACUUUCAUGCCGUUAGGAUCACACACCCCACCCUAUUCAAAGAAAAUCUUAGACGACUGUGUGAGUUUGGAUUGGGUUUGUUUGUAUUUUUUUUACCGAGGGUCCUAAUUUUACUUUCCACCCCAGCUUCCUAACUUCACCAUGUAUGUAAGCUUCUACAGAUGUACUGAAAUGCUAGAUGCCAACAGGAUGGGAAGUUUCCUUAAGGCACUUCCUUAUGCGUUAAAUCUCCAAAGAGUUUUCUCUCUGUGUGCUUUAUUGGGAGCCAUUAAGUAUCAAAACAAACUUAUGCAGGAGGCGGCUUUGAUGUAGGCUUCCUGUAAUUUAUUUCUGCUGCCUAUAGCAUGAACUGAAUUCCUACCUGAUUGUUAUUAGCUCCCCAAAUAUUUAUAUCACUUGAGAUAAUCAAUGCUUAUCACGGUCAAUACAGAUGUUACAAGUUCCUCCAGAAAGGCGCUGUCAGCAUAAUAACAUUUUAAUUAUUGCAGCAUAUGUUUUCAAAUGGAUUGCUUGUAAACAGAGACACUGUAGAUGUAAUUAAUAGGCAACGUGAAAGGAUAUUGUACAUGUAAAUUAUAGCUUUCCCCCAGCAAAGAGUCAAAACGCUAAUGCAACCUCUUUUGGAGGCAUCAGUGCUGCCUUAAUUAAUUUAAAUCAUGUGGCUAGUGCUGCCUUUUCUUGCCAGUCCCUCGCGCGUGCAUAUCUCUGCAGGAUGCUUUCCACACGACUGCUGUGUAAAACAAAUCUGGUUGUGCGAUUCGGGAAAUAUAUAAAGAGCUAACUUGUGCGAUUCCAUCUUUUCAUCUACAUAUGAUUAAGAACACUAUUGGUUUUUUUCCCCCUGAAGAAAGGGAGGCAGUAGGAAAGGGGAAAAGUCUAGGCAACAGCAGGCCUGCAUUAUGUAGGGCAACCAAGAUGAUUGAGGAUCUGGAAACCAAGCCUUAUGAGCAACGGUUGAGGGAGCCUGGAAAAGAGGCGAUAUGAUAGUCAUCUUCAAGUAUCUAAAGGGCUGUCAGGUGGAAGACAGAGCAAGCUUGUUUUCUCUUGCUUUGGAAGGUAGGACACAAACCAAUGGAUUCAGGUUAAAAGAAAGUAGAUUCUGACUAAACAUCAGAAGGAACCUGCUGACAGCAAAAGCAAUUAGACCAGUGUUUCUCAACCUGUGGGUCCCCAGAUGUUGUUGGACUACAACUCCCAUCAUUCCUAGCCAGCAUGAUCAGUGGUCAGGGAUGAUGGGAGUUGUAGUCCAACAACAUUUGGGGACCCACAGGUUGAGAACCGCUGUAUUAGACAGUGGAGCGGUCUCCCUUGGGAGGUUUUGGACUCUCCUUCUUUGGAGGUUUUUAAGUAGAGGUUGGAUGGCCAUCUGUCAUGGAUGCUUUAACUGAGAUUCUUGCAUUGCAGGGGUUUGGACUAGAUGACCCUCAGGGUCCCUUCCAAAUCUACAACUCUAUGAUUCCAUGGAGGGUACAUUCAGAUGUGAGAAAUACUGUGUAAGUGCUUCUGUCCCACUUGUUAAAUGUUUGUUUCACACUGCAGUAGCUGUUGCAUUAUGGAACUGUGGUGGCUUUUUGAUGGAUAUACUGACAUGUUGGGGACGCGGGUGGCGCUGUGGGUUAAAUCACAGAGCCUAGGACUUGCCAAUCAGAAGGUCGGCGGUUCGAAUCCCCGCGACGGGGUGAGCUCCCGUUACUCGGUCCCUGCUCCUGCCAACCUAGCACUUUGAAAGCACGUCAAAGUGCGAGUAGAUAAAUAGGUACCGCUCAGCGGGAAGGUAUACGGCGUUUCCGUGCGCUGCUCUGGUUCGCCAGAAGUGGCUUAGUCAUGCUGGCCACAUGACCCGGAAGCUGUACGCUGGCUCCCUUGGCCAAUAAAGCGGGAUGAGCACCGAACCCCAGACUUGGCCACAACUGGACCUAAUGGUCAGGGGUCCCUUUACCUUUACCUUUACCUUUACUGACAUGUCAUGCUAAAUUUCAUUCGCGCCAAUGGGCAUGGUGUGAUACAACAAACAUCACUGGACAGUGGUGCUCUUUCUGCACAGGUGUGCACCUGUUCCCUGAGGAACAGGAAAGAACUGUACUGCAGGGGGUUGGACUAGAUGGCCCUCGGGGUACUUCCCAACUCUACAAUUUGAUGAUACUGUGUGCAAAAUCAUAAUAAUAUCUUGUUUAUUUUUGAAGAGUUGGUUUCUAGCCCUCAUGGUUUUUAAUGUCCUCCAACAGGAGAUCUUAGAAUGAACCACUGCCGAUUAUCAUCCACUAAGGUGAGGCCAUGCCCCUGCCAUCUUUGGACACUAACAUCUUGUGAUAUUGAAUGCUGCUGCAUUUUAACAUGGAAUGUUUUUUUUAAAUUAACACAGGCAAGGAAAAAGGGAAAACACACAUACCACUACAAGACCACUAAUUAAGAAGAAGAAAAGGAAACUUAUUGAUUAGUCCUUAGGAUAUCAAGGGUUAGCUUAGAGUAAAACACUCAGAGAACUCCACUAAUUAGUGAAUAUGUCUAUUCAGAAGCAGCCUCUGCUGGGUUCAGUGGGACUUACUUCCAGGUAAAUGUAUAUGGGAGGACAGUUGUACUUUUAUUGUCAAAUCAUCAUUAGGAAAAAUAAUAAUAUGCAUUUGUAUUUGACUGGAAUGUGAUCAGAAAUAGGGACAGGGGAGAAAUUAGGUGAGUUUACCUAAUUCCAACUUUCCAAAACAAUAUUCAAAGCAAACAUCAGAAACCAUUUGAAAUUUGCAAUUCUCUGAAUUUUGCAAUGCAGUUGUCCUGCUGAAACAAUGCGUAUUAAGUAAACCCACAUAAAAUGCAUACGCUGGGGGUAAAGUGUGUAUAAAAAUGAAUUCUAUUAGUGAAAGUGGCUUUGCAAAAAUGCGUGUAUUAGGAUAAACCUGAAAUUUACAGGUUUGACAAUCCCUGAAGCUUGACAGACUUCGAGUCAGGAGGUUAAAUGGAAACCAUGGUGUUGUUAUUAAAAAAUUAAUUCCUUGCUUUAUUGCACUUUCUUAAACAUAAUCACGGAGUCUGGAAUUUUACCAAUUCAGUGCUGUUUAGAAGGUUGCUUGGGAGACUUUCAGUUGUGUACUAUAUGUGACUUUGCUGUUGCAUGCAGAUGUUGAGAAAUACCUAUUAUGUAUAUCUAUCAUGUUCCAGAACUUCUGCACUGUUGGACAUUUUUGUCAAAGGUGAGAGUCAGAACCACUCCGGCCACCUCCUUUCUAACAAUAGUGACUGUAGUCCCGGGGUCACGUAUCACUUUCUGGGAACUUUGCAUUCUCCCAUUAUGUUUGUGUCAGUUGAUAAGGUUGCAAAUAUGAUCCAGAUGCAGCACCAACCACAUUCUUCCAGGCUCAGUAUCUUGAGAUGAGGAUGUCCUUGAGACUUAUGACAUUUAAACAGUAUUGUUUUAUUUACAAAUAUAUCAGUAGAGAAUGGGAGAGCAGGCCCUGAGCAGAUAAGCAAGCAGCAUGCCUUCAGAGCUCCUCUGAUAGCUGCAAAAUCUCAAGCUGGCUACGUCCAACUACCAUUUGUUCCUAACCCUACCCAGCAGUAACCACCUGUCAUGAAAAGCUAUUAUAGAAAUCUCUUUAUUUGUUGGGGAAAAAAAUCAUAAAAAUGGUUGUCUUCUCACCAGACCCAAUGUCAUAACAUGACACAAGUGUUACAAUAUCCAGCACUCCUAAACUCUGAGAAACGUGUACAGUUUUCUACUGACUCAUGAACCACUGGCUUUUUCAGCUGGGCCAAGUGGUCCUUCUGAAGACCAUUUCAGAAGCAGCUUACUUGCAGUUAUUCUCUUUCCAGAUCAGACCAUCAGAAGGUAAACUAAGGCUGCCAUCAUUGGAAUAAAUUCUGUAUAGAUGUGUUAUAUUGCACUGUUAGCUUUUAUGAUAACAAGACAAAUUUUUUUGGGGGGGGAGGGGAGAAUGAAAAGUAAAGAAGAAAAGGGAAAAUGAAAGAUGUUGCUAGAAACACAGAAGUUGCUUGGGAAGGAGACACAAGUCUUCACUGCCAAAAAAUUGUGCCAUGUCUUCUUUUUAGUACCUUUGCAAGUAACUGAGUACAUAUGGCAUGUUUGUAAGCAAAGCAGUCAGUGAUGUUAGUUACACCUCUGCAUUUAUUACCUUACUCCAGAGUAUUAUUAACUUUUACAUUCCCCAUAAAAUUUAAUUUAUCACUUAAAUAAUUUGCUUUGUGUCAAGGUUCAGUGUGCUCCAGUGCUUUCCUGCUCAUUAAAUGAGAUAUUUUUACUUAAUGAGCCAAGGAUGUCCUUUGCAUUUAACAUUAGAAUUGAUUUCAAACACUCCAUUUUCCCAACAUUUGUGCGUGUAAUUUCUCUGUGCGGGCUUUGUCCCAUAAUCUUAAAGAUGGGGGGGGGGACACUACAAAGAAUAAUGGCCCAUGAAUUCCAUAGACUUUUUUAAAAAAAAAAUGUAUGCAGCAUGCAUAGUUGGUUAUUCUGAAACACAUCAACUUGAACUUUUGAGCUCAUUCGUGCAGGCCAAUAUGUGUUUUGGUUAUUCGUAGGACUAUGACUUUGGAAAGCAGUCUGCUGGCCCACUACAAUACCCCUGACAGACCCUCCAUUACAGAGGUGGUUGGUAUCUCCACCAAAGAUGAUGUCCUUAGAGCAGCUUAGCUAGGUAGUAGCACUCCACCUCACGAGAAGAGAAGACUCCCUGGAAAAGACCCUGAUGUUGGGAAAGAUUGAGGGCACAAGGAGAAGGGGACGACAGAGGGCGAGAUGGUUGGACAGUGUUCUUGAAGCUAUGAACAUGAGUUUGACCAAACUGCGGGAGGCAGUGGAAGACAGGAGUGCCUGGCGUGCUCUGGUCCAUGGGGUCACGAAGAGUCGGACACGACUAAACGACUAAACAACAACAAGCACUCCGAUUAUGCAACAGUGUGCUCAGGGCAGUGUGCCUGGUGCCAUCUAUGUGGUCUCUUCUGAUUGCAUAUAGGGAUUUUAUGCAGCAGCAUAACUUUAGCUAAACGAAUCCUUGCUUUGAGGACAACUUGAGUUGAAUGGCAUUCAGACUGAGACUUGGCAUGGCAUAAGAAGGUAAAGUUUAUUAAAAGAAGUACAUUCUUGAUAGGAAAGGGCAGACCCGCAAAGUCCCAGAUUUACAGAGGCCAUCCUGGUUUCUGAUUUGAUCCCAAUAUAUCCUGCUUUUCCUUAGGCCAUCCCUAUUUUCAUCGGGAAAAUGUUGGAGGGUAUGAAAGGGUUCUACAGUCGUAGUUAACUAUCCAGUUGGAGAAACAAAGAAACCAUGCUUUCCUCUUUGUUCUCAGAAGAUAGAUGCAAGAUGACAUAUCACCUCGAGAAUAAUAAUAAAAUAAUAAUAAUAAUAAUAAUAAUAAUAAUAAUAAUAAUUUAUUCAUACCCCUGCCCAUCUGGCUGGGUUUCCCCAGCCACUUGGGGCGGCUUCCAACAGAAUAUUAAAAUACAACAGUCUAUUAAACAUUAAAAGCUUCCCUAAACAGGGCUGCUUCAGAAGUCUUCUAAAAGUCUGGUAGUCUGGUAGAGAUCCAGAGAAAGACUGUGAGGAGAAGCAGGAAGUUGUAAAGACGCAGCAAACAAAGACCUAUGAGUCUAAACAUCAAUGAGAUAGAGAGUAGUUGGCAUAGCCAUGAAGUUACAUGGAUAGAAUCUGGAGGUCCCUAGUUUGUUUCUCUGUCUUAACCCACGCAAACCCUUCUCAGCAGGCUGAGUUGCGCCCAAACUUCCAACGCCUUCAGCAUCAAGUGAAUACCUUUCUGUCCACCCGGGCCUUUAAAGCAACUAUCCAGUAUGGGCCCCUCACUUUUGAAAACUGUGUUCAACUGUGUGAUGAGUUUUAACAAAGGUCUCUUCUAAUAUUAAUCAAAAUCAACAUUAAUACAUAUUCAACAAUUCCAGCUAGAAAAAAUACCGUAUGCUGAAUAUCAGUUAAGAAGAGUUAAUAUUUGCCUUUCCAAAGCACACUUCUUUCUAUAGAAGACUGCAAAAAUAAUUUAUUUGUAUAUACUAUGAAAUUUCUUUAUAUUUGUGUUGAUAGACUGUCAAUCAUCUUUUUCUUGUUUUGCACAUAGUUUUGCCACAUGGAAGAGUUCAAGUAUGCAAGACUUUCAGGAAGUGAAAAACCACUAAAAGUUGAUGUCCAUCUCCUGUACAGCCAGAACAGAAGACUUAAAAAACCCUUUAUGAUGCAAUUGAUCAUUCCCAGCAUGAGAUGUCCACCAGUAGCAUUCCAGCUGUUACUCCUCAUUUUUUGUAGAGCUUUUAGUAAACCACAAUGACUGGACUGGAAUGAAAUCUGUGGAUAAUAAAAUGUCCUUGCACUGAUGCAGCCGUGUAAAAUAGCUGAUUCAAAAGUAAGAGCUGAUUUUAGAGAUUUAACUGCUCCUGACACGUGUGGGCACAUUAUUUUAUAUUUGCAAUGAAAAGUUCGUGAUUUUGAACCACC